GAGACUGAUCCAAGCGGCCUCGGUUCUCGUAUGCCCUCCCAAGCCAUCUAUGCGCUCCCGGACUGCGUCGGGCUUACAUUCGCGCCCAUUCGCGCCCACAUAUGACGUGAGUUGGUUCUUGUGGGCGCCUGUCAAUGUCAACCUCCAACGUCUUCUUCCCCUUGCUUCCUCCGCGCCGCCUCUCCCCCGCAGAGCUUGCUUGCGCUCGUCCACGACGUCGAGCACGGCCUGUGCGCGCAGAGGGGCAGACGGCGGGCGGCAGAAGACGAGCGCGCCGUGUUGGGCACGGCCGGGCAGCGAUCGAGGUGAGCUCCGUCCUUUUUCCGUCCCUCACCUGCUCAUCGUGUACAGCAAUGGCGACGUCGACCUGUGAUGUCCGCGCCCCACGCGCUCGACGAGGCCAGCGAGCGCGACGCUGCACGCGAAGACCAACGUCGACUCGACGGCCCUCGGACGACCCCGCUCAACCGACGCUCACCGUCAUCCGACGCGACGACCUCGACGCGUAUAUGCGACGAUGACGCGUGCUCGUCAACGUCGAAGCCUGCGCGACACGCCGGCGGACUCUGAGGACCCACGCACCGCGCGAUCUAGUCGAGCAACACGUCCCCCCUCCUCAUUUUCGACCUGAACGACCCCCAUCACUAUUUCACUACUGACCCAUCGCUAAUUACUUACCGACCAAUCACUAUUCACCGACUCCCACCUUAUCUCAUCGCUUAACAGUCCCUCCCCCUUGACUUCCCCCAC